AUGGGUUUGGAGGCCGGGUCACCUCCGCCGCCUUCGGCCUAUGUGGGCACGGUUGCAUAUGAGCCGAGCGAGGAAGCAGGAAUCCCGAUCCCCUACGAAGCCAAAUCCCUGACAAUGUGUUCGGCUGCUAAUGAUGUUGAUCUUGUGCGACAACUUGCUGAGAUCGAGCAGCGAAUUGCCCAUCGACGGGCAGCUUUGAGUGGCCAGCAGGCUGCCCAGAAGUGGGGUGGUUCGGAGCACAUUGACAGUCAGAAGACGAGCCUUUGGGAUCUUUUCGGUGAAGAUGCUAUGCCGCCCCCGGAGCCCGAUGCAACACCCAACGAGCCAGACACCACGACUCUUGCAAGACAGGAUGGUGCUAGCGACCUGUCCCUCUUUGAGAAUGACUUGGCAGCAGGAGCUACGAAACAAUCGACAGUGGCUCCAAAUCCAGUUGCUACACCUGCCCGGGCUAAAAUUGCUUCGCAGGCCCCAGCAGUUGAGGCCCAAGCAGAGGCUUCGCAGGCUUUAACAAUGGAGGAUGUCGAGGACCCAGCAAUCACCCCAAAGCCGCUGCCCGAUGCACUGGAGGUUUCUUCUGUCAAAGACGGCGAAGCUGACAGUCCUGAGCUUCUAGCAUGCGAGGAUAAGAAGAUUUCAGUGGGAUUCCUAACGUAUGACGAGAUACCAGAAUAUCGGGAGAAGGCAAAGCAGUGCGAGGCCGAGGACGAAGACGACGAUGACGACGACGUGCCGAUCAAAAAAAAACCGGCCAUGGCCAAGGGCAAGCCUGGAAGGCCGAAGGGAUCCGGGAACAAGUCGACGAAGACCGACAAGGACACGGCGAAGAAGACGGGCAAGAAGAACCAGGAGAAGGAGAACGACGAAGCCAAGACGCUGCCGAAGAAGAAGGGCAAAAAGAAGGACCCCGAAUCGGAGGACGAGAACGACGAAGACAAGACGCCGCCGCCGCAGAAGAAGGGCAAGAAGAAGGACCCCGAGGACAAGGAGAACGACGAAGACAAGACGCCGCCGCAGAAGAAGGGCAAGAAGAAGGACCCCGAGCCGAAGAAGGAGAACGACGAAGACAAGACGCCGCCGAAGAAGAAUGGCAACAAGAAGAAGGACCCCGAGCCGGAGGACGAGAACGACGAAGACAAGACGCCGCCGAAGAAGAAGGGCAAGAAGAAGGACCCCGAGGACAAGGAGAACGACGAAGACACGGCCCCGCCCAAAAAGAAGGACAAGAAGAAGGACCGCGACGACAAGGAGAACGACGAAGACACGGCCCCGCCCAAGAAGAAGGACAAGAAGAAGGACCGCCAGGACAAGGAGAACGACGAAGACACGGCCCCGCCCAAGAAGGACAAGAAGAAGGACCGCCAGGACAAGGAGAACGACGAAGACAAGACGCCGCCGAAGAAGAAUGGCAACAAGAAGAAGGACCACGAGGACAAGGAGAACGACGAAGACACGGCUGCCACGAAGAAGAGCAAGAAGAAGAAAGUUGACGACGAAGACACGACUCCGCCGAAGAAGAAGAGCAAGAAGCCAGACGCCGAGGAGAAGGAGAACGACGAAGACACGGCUGCCACGCAGAAGAAGGGCACGUUUGCUUCGAGAAAUCCGGGAAAGGGUGCAAGAACAGUGGCCAUUUGGACGGCUAUCCGGGAUGCAUUCGAUUGUGUUCUUCGGGACAAAUUUCGCUACACCACGAAGAUGGAGGGCCUUUUCUGGGCCGAUUGCCGGCCCGUGCUGCUCGAAGUGAAGGACGAUACUGAGCUGUUCCAGGCGGCUAAGAAGUUUGCUGCCAAGUGGUUGAAGAUGGACAAAGUUCAGGGUACCGCGAUGCCGUUUUGUGCGGCUUUCCGGCAGCACGGCUUGGCCAGGAUGCAGGCCCUUGGCAUCGCGGGCAAGCAGGAGAAGCCUCUUCGUGCGACCUCCUGGCAUUCCUCCCAAACGGGAUCCCAACAGGACCUGAUGCCAGAGUCCCAGUCAGAGCUGGAAGUGCCUGCUACGCAAAAGGAAGCUGACACGCAGCUGCCUGCUUCGCCUGUCCCUGCCUUGUCAGAAAGCCUUGGUAAAGGGACACCCCAGAGCGAGAGGUCCGAGCCCACGCCGGGGGAGGGGACGAACUCCAACCCCGCACCCAGCCAACCCACGCCUGAAAAGAAGAAUACGAGUUCCGAGCCCGGAGCCAGCCAACCCGAAGCCGUAGAGCAAGCCGCCCUAGGAUCCCAAAGCAAGUCAGAAGCACCCGCCGUGGAGACCAGCCAGCCCGAGAAGCCAGACACGUCAGAAGCACCCGCCGUGGCCAAGACCAGCCAGCCCGAGAAGCCAGACACGUCGAAAGCACCCCCCGUGGCCAAGACCAGCCAGCCCGAGAAGCCAGACACGUCGAAAGCACCCCCCGUGGCCAAGACGAGCCAGCCGGAGAAGCCAGGCACGAACACCCGGCCCACAAACAAGGACACCAAAGAUCCGAAAGCAACCAAGAACGAACCAGAGGAGGAUGAGUACGUGGCCCCGGUGGAAGAUCACCCACCCCCUCCUCCCAUCAGCAAGGCCACUUUGAUGAAGAGGCUGGCACGCAUAUGUGCACCCAAAGCGGAUGGGACCUACAAAGUCCCGCUCGAGAUCAUCCAGACCCACAAGAAUCUGGAAUCCCGGGAUGAUGUGUACCGUGCCUUCGAGAAAUGUGGUGGCGACCCCGCUUCGCCGUCACGCUUGCAAACGGUGAUUUUCACGAAGAAAGUCAACCAGCCAUACGAAGAGAUCAAUGAGAAAUCUGUGGAAACGGAAUUCGAAUUCCUCACAGAGGCGGAGAUGGAAGAGAAAGGAUGGAGCGAGAAGAAGAUCAAGGGUGCCAAGAGAAGCUGCGAGCGCCGGCAGGGGUACAAGAGGAAAUCCGAGUACUGUGACGAGUGGAUGUACUGGGUUGCUGUGCGAGUGAGAGGAUCCAACAAGAAGACGAAGCGGCACACCGUGACCGAGCUCCUGGAGGGUGCCGACCAGGAGCCCAUGCAGGAUCCUGAUGAAGCAAUGGAGAACUUCCCUUUCGAGCUUGAGGGAGACGGAGAUAAGAAGCAAGGGGAAGGUGAUGACGAGGAGGAGAGUGACUCCAGUGAUGAUGGGGAAGAGGCUGCCCGGAUCCUCAAAAGGAUCGCCUAUCCGGAGAUUCCCAAGAAACCGCAAGAUGCCAGUAUGCUGGUGACCGGCUGCCUCCAGAAGAGGGCGAACAAACUCCAGCUUCUCCUGGCGAAGAUGGAGUCGGAUGCAAGCAUCUCCCUCACCACGACCCAACUCAAGAUCCUCAUCUAA